AUGGGCCGAAAAAGGUGGUGGCGAGGAGGUCUGUGGGAGCUUAUGUUAUUGCUCUCUACCUUUAAUCGUGUUAUUAUAGGUGACGGUGAAGUAGGUUGUCUGUUUAGUCAAAAUUUGUGUCCUCCGGAAACAUGCUUCAACGAUUUGGCAUUUGGACGGUGUAUACCCUUCUACUUAGACGAAGGACUCAAAGAUUUAUAUCAGUACAAUUUGGAAAUAGAAGACUUGGAAUUCUUGAAAUUGCAACUUGAAAGACUUGAAUCAAAUGGAUAUAAAUGGUCUCAUCCUUAUACACAAUGUAUAAUACAAAAUUCAUUACUGAAUAUUCGUUACAGAUUGAACAAAGACCUAACAUUUUGCGAGUACUUGAGCUCACAAACGGAAAGUCAAUUCGAGGAUGGAGACAAAGACGAUGAAGAAGGUGAUGAUAGUGAGAAUGUGAUUCGACCAAUUGCAGUGGUGAAAUUUACUCCCAGUGAAUUUUAUCCCCAUGGAGAUUAUGCAGAUGAAUUAUAUUAUCCACCGGAAAUUGAUGAGAAACCAAAUGGACUUACGAAAAAUUUUCAUUCAUCAUCAAGUUUCUCUCCUUUUCAUCAAUUUCCGUCCUUAAAUGAUGAAAUUUUGGAUGACAAGGUCGAUCCAUAUAAAAAUGAAAGAAAACUAAAGAGAAGUAUCUUGGAAUUCAUGGACGACGAUGAUUAUUAUCAGCCUGAUAUCACUCAAAAUCCUUCUCUCUACAUUUCACCUAAACAAAUGCAUAUUCCAAAAAAUUUACGGGAGAGUGGAUUUCGAGAUGCACCAAAAGUUAUUUACAAAGAAGAUGAUGAAGAUUCGCUUGAUAAUAAGGCAAUUGAAUAUUUGGAAGAGAAUAAAGAAAAGGAGAAUAAAUAUAAUUUAGCGGACAUUCCGAUGGACUUUUUAAGUCGAGUUUAUGAAGGAGAUGUUGUUUUACCCAUGGAAAAUGAUAAAAUUGAAACUCCUGAAAAUCUUGAUGAAUUAGCACUGGAUUUAAAUUCUGAUCUAUGGUCUCGAGAACUCGCUGGUUUCAAGAGAAGAGAACGUCUUGAUGUUAAAAAACCAGGUCCAGCUUUUGCUUUAAAUCAAUAUAAAUUCAAACCUCAAUUUGAUUUCGAUCAAGAGAACGAAGAGAAGGAAAAUCAGGAUGAUGUUUUGUAUCCACCACAAUCCAAAAAGGAAUUAGGUACAAUGUAUUCCAAUACAGAAGAGCCGGAGAAAGAUUAUAAAAAUGUCGAUUUAGAUCAUGUUUAUAUAGAUUUCGAAGAACCGAUAAAUAUCUGGAUGAAGGGAGAGCACAUUGUAAACGAGACGGAACUACUGGCGGGCCUAAAUAAAGGAGAGUUGAACGAUAUUAGAGUUGAAAACAAAGAAAUUACAUUUAAAGUAAAUCAGAAUGAGAAAAACUAUACAGCUCUCGAUAUUGUGAAGAUUAUUGAGAAAUUUCGAACUACGUUGGAAGAGAAUUAUGGAGUUAAUAUUGUACGAUCCGGAAUUGGAGAUAGGGCGAAACUACCGUCGAUAUUUGAGAUACGUCGAGAAAUGAAUAGCAGUAUGUUCGGCGCAGUGGUGGCAAUGGGAAUUGCGGCGGCAAUUGCAGCGGCGACGGUAAUUUUUUUGAUAGCACGACGUCACGCAAAAUCACGCGCUAAACUUGCUGGUCUCGCUGCACCCGAUCCAGAAGCAUCGAAAGAUUAUCAAGAUCUUUGUCGAGCACGAAUGCAAGCAAAACAACCAGCUGAUAAAUCAGAUUCACCCCGAGUAUUCUCUUCUCUAUUGGGCCGUGUCAGUGAAUCGAAUAAUUCUUCAUCCAAUCGUUCCAGUACAUCAUCCUGGAUAGAGGAGUCCGCUCUGACCAAUAUGGACAUAUCAACAGGACACAUGGUUUUAUCGUACAUGGAGGAUCAUUUAAAGAAUCAGGAUCGAUUGGACGAAGAGUGGUUGAGUAUUUGUGCAUAUGAGGCAGAGCCGUGUUCAACGGCAAUUGCCGAGAAUGAGGAGAAUUCAGUAUUAAAUCGUCCCGGUGCCUCCUUGCCUUACGAUCAUUCCCGAAUUGUCCUCAAUGACCUCGCAAAUAUCAACAAUUCUGAUUAUAUCAAUGCUUCAACGAUUACCGAUCACGAUCCACGGAAUCCAGCGUACAUUGCUACUCAGGGUGUUAUGCAGGAGACGGCAUCUGAAUUUUGGCAAUUGGUAUGGGAACAGGGAAGUGUUGUCAUUGUAAUGCUGACACGAUUAACUGAGGAGGGAAAAGGAAUGUGCUAUCGUUAUUGGCCCGGCGAGGGUUCGGAACUUUAUUACAUUUAUGAGGUUCAUUUGGUUUCGGAACACAUUUGGUGUGAUGAUUAUCUCGUUCGUUCGUUCUAUCUCAAAAAUCUUCGCACAGGAGAAACACGAACAGUCACUCAAUUUCAUUUUCUCUCAUGGCCAGAAAAUGGAGUACCACACUCCAUGAAAGCCCUACUCGAAUUUCGAAGGUUUAUGGAAGAAUUAUAA